AUGUCCGGAAAUCCUGCUACAGGCGACUUGAAAGGACAGUUGAAAGAUGACCCUGAAAAUGCCAGUCCGAUAAGCCAGACAAACCCGUGGAAUGACCCCGAACAUGACUACCCCGAAGGAGGGGCAACUGCCUGGCUAACUGUUGCUGGAGCAUCUGCAACGCUGUUUGUGUCCUUCGGCUGGGUUAACUGCGUGGGAAUAUUUCAAAAUUACUAUCAUACUCACCAGCUGAAGGCGUACACGGAGUCCGAGGUGGCAUGGAUCUCUUCUCUUCAAGUUUUCUUCAUGCUGUUCUGUGGCCCGUUUUUCGGCAGAAUCUUUGAUAACUUUGGUCAUUCUUAUCUUGUUAUGGCCGGAACCGUUCUCCACGUUGGGGGUCUUACUAUUGCAAGUUUCAUGGAUACUUAUCACGGCUUACUGCUUAGCCAAGCUGUUUGUUCAGCUUUGGGAGCUUCGAUGGUUUUCUACCCUUCUAUCACAUGUGUCUCUACUUGGUUCUAUAAGAGGCGAGCUGCUGCCCUGGGCCCCGUCGUUGCCGGAUCGUCGCUCGGCGGCGUAAUCUUUCCCAUAAUGGUCAUCCACUUGAUUCCUAAAUGGGGUUUCAGUUGGACCAUGCGUGCCUGUGCAUUGCUUAUCCUGUGCUUGCUGAUAUUCACCAAUAUCACCCUCAAAUCUCGUUUACCGCCAUCUAAGCGACCAUGGCAUAUUUCUGAAAUGACUAGACCGAUGAAAGAGCCCGCUUUUAUAGCACUCGCAGCGGGAGUUUUCUUCUAUUACUGGGGUAUGUUUCUCCCUGUAACUUAUAUUGUGGUUGCGGCUCGCAAGAACGGAAUGUCACAAAAUUUAGCCAAUUAUAUAGUUCCAAUCCUCAACGCUGCUAGUGUCCUCGGACGUACAGCACCCAACGUCAUCGCCGACAAGGUUGGUCGAUAUAACAUUAUGAUAGUCAUGUGCACUAUGACUUCACUUCUUAUCCUCGGCCUUUGGAUAACUGCCUCGAACAACUUGGCCAUGAUCCUCUUCGCAGUAUUCUUCGGAAUCUCAUCUGGCUCAGGUGUCGGUCUUACCCCUGCCCUCGUCGCCCAAGUGUCACCCAUGAAAGAAAUAGGGACUCGCACGGGACUCAUAUUUGCAAUCGGAUCAUUGGCUGGACUCAGUGGAUCGCCUAUUGGAGGCCAAAUUAUCGAGGCAAGCAGCGGAUCUUUACGCUAUAUGAUGGUGUUUGCUGGCGCGAACUGCAUCAUUGGCACUAUCUUCUUCAUCAUUGCUAGGCUCAUCCUGGGCGGCAUGAAGAUGGCCAACGUCUAG